AUGGGCCUCAGACGCAGAAUCUCGGAGAUGGACUUGAGAAUGUCCCCUCCGAAACGCAUGUUCUCCGACCAUUCUCAGACAUCCGAGUACAGCGCUUCUACAGCUAGUGUCAGUAGAAGCCCUACGAAGAAGAGACGAAGUGAAAAGACCAAACCCAAAGACAGCAAGAACCAUUGGGUCAGUCAGCUCAAAGACUGGUUCAGUACUGGCGAGCCGUCCUCUCAAGACUGGAAACAGCUCAAGAAACAAGAGUACCACAAACAUGGGAUCGCGAUGAAUGACCCAGAGGCCAGCGCAAAGCUGCACGCUCCCAUUGGAGCGAUUCCUGAAGAGGCCAUCAGGCCUUCCAGUGGGCCUGAUCCCGAGACGAUCGCCAAGAAGAAGUUUGCCAAUCGAAAGCAAGUUCGUCAAGCCUAUGGCGGCUGUGAGAGAAUCUCAGGCUCUGUUUCUUCUGAGUCUUCGGCGGGUAGCAGGGAGGUCAACCCCAUUGCCCCGUGGGCGUAG